UCACCUUAGCAAACAGAAGGCUGGGAGCAGUCGUACGGAACGGAAGAAAGAACGGCUGGUAAACCGUCCAAAUAAAUUUGGUGUUUGCUUCAUUCUCUUUCUUUGCUUUGUAUCUUUCUUAAAAGCAAUCAUGAGAAUAAUGGCAUCGUUGAGAAGUAAACUGUUGAACACAGUGAUGGACCCUGUUCCCACGAGUACGCACAAAGUCACCGUGGUCGGUGUAGGUAACGUCGGUAUGGCUUGUACCAUCAGUCUUUUGGCGAAAAAUAUUUCGAGCGACUUGGCGCUGGUCGAUAUGAUGGAGGAUAAAUUAAAGGGAGAGAUGUUGGACCUACAACACGGCAGCUCGUUCUUGAGGAACGCGAAAAUCAACGCGAGCACGGAUUACUCUAUAACUGCGAAUUCGAGCGUGUGCAUAGUGACAGCCGGUGCUCGUCAAAAGGAGGGCGAGACGAGGCUCGAUCUCGUUCAGAGAAAUACGGAUAUUUUCAAAAAGAUUAUUCCCGAGUUGGUGAAAUACAGUCCGAACACGAUCCUCCUUAUCGUCUCGAAUCCGGUCGACAUUCUCACCUACGUCGCGUGGAAACUUUCCGGUCUUCCAAAGAAUCAAGUGAUCGGAAGUGGCACGAAUUUGGACUCGGCCCGAUUCCGUUUCCUCUUGUCGGAGAAAUUGAAAGUCGCCCCUACGUCGUGCCACGGUUGGAUGAUCGGGGAGCACGGAGACUCGUGUGUACCGGUAUGGUCGGGAGUGAACAUAGCUGGAGUGAGAUUGCGCGAUCUGGACGAAACUGUUGGCACGGAGGAUGACAAGGAAAAUUGGAACGAGAUAUAUAAAAAGGUCAUUGGAUCCGCCUACGAAGUUAUCAAGCUAAAGGGUUACACAUCGUGGGCCAUUGGCCUGAGCGCUGCCCAAAUCGUCUCCUCCAUAUUGCGAAACUCGCAACAAGUUCACGCCGUGGCUACCCUGGUUACCGGUAUACACGGGAUCAAAGAUGACGUGUUCCUGUCUUUGCCCUGCUCAUUGGGCGAAAACGGUGUCAACACUAUUAUCCAACAAAGCUUAACGGAGGAGGAGACGCACCUUUUGCAAAAAUCGGCUCAGACGAUAUACGAAGUCCAAAAAGAUUUGAAAUUAUAAGUAAUUCGCGUCUCGUGUAUGUUUUAUGCGUGAAUAACAGCAUGUUCUCUCUAUAAUGAUCCGAAUCCGUUCAUCGUUCGUUCAUUCAAUUUUGUUUAUAUACAUACGAAAUAUUGUUUUUUAAAAACACCUUUUUUUCACUACAUUUAUUGCUUGUUCAACUUAACUUUGUAAGUUAACGAGUAGAUUUUUUUAAAAUUUAUUAUAUAAACUGCGUAAAAUCGA